GCGCGUCAAACUGUCAACCCAAAACGCGGACGCGAUGACCACUGAAUUGAGUACGUCAAGAGGUACUGUUGACUCUCGUGAGGAACGGCUUAAUCCAUCAGUCCAUCCACUUUCGUUCACCUUGAACCCAGGCGCCGUGGAGUUUGUACCGACACAACAACAAGGGCCAGCUGAAAUUCCUUGGUGGGAAAAUGCUGUCGAGAAGCUUAAGAAAGAGCUGGCACACGGUUGGGAGCAAGAGAAACAGCGACUUAUCGAAAGUUUCAAGAACGAAAAUGAGACUCGCCAACAGGCUUGGAAUCGCGAGAAGGAGCAGCUGGAGAAAAUCAACGCUGAUACUGUAGCCAUGAUGAAGACGGAAAAAGAAAAGUCUAAGCUCGUUUGGGAGGAGCUGGAGAAAAUCAACAAUCAUACUGUAGCCACUUUGAAGAGGGAAAAAGAACAGCUUGAGCUCGCUUGGGAGGAAGAAAAGAAAAAGACUCGCAAAUCUCAUUUAGAAGAGCUGUCAAAAGUCAAAGGAAAGUUAGCAGAGGUGGAACAGCAAUACCAGCAAGAAGUGGCAUCGAAGGAGACUCUCCAGCAAGAGAUGAAUGCUUUGAAACAGAACCUAAACAACUAUCGCAUGAAUGAGGAGAACCUGAAGAAGAUGCUUGAAGAACAGAGGUCCGGACUUGCCGCCGCAAAGCAUGAUAUUGAAGAGAUUGCACGAACCUCAGAACGGCAAGUUCAGGAAGAGAGAGAGCGCUCGCUUUCGCAGUAUGGAUUGCUGAUUGAAAGGUGCCUGGAUAUGACCUUCGGGUGCGCUGCGUUGAUGAAACAGCGGAAGGCGCUUCCAGAUGAAGUUAAGAGCCUCAUGCAGGGUUUGGUGGGAGAGACAAUGUCGGCCGCGUUUCGAUACAAGAACACUGUCGCGUCAUUAAAGGAAGGAAGUGUCCCCGUCGAGGGCCUGUGCGUCUGGUAAAAGUUAGAUAUGUGUUUGGGAGUCGUAAUGCCUUUGCUUGUGUGAGCCUACGAGUCGUCCACCUGUACUGAUUUGCGUCACUUAUUAAGCUCGAGAGUGUAAGAUAUAAAUUGCAUUAUGUGUGAAAUUUAAUGGCCCUG